ACACGCUUUAGAUUUGACUCUACCUUCGCAAGCUUGACUUCCAGCACCGCCGAGACACAUACACUUCAUUGCUCUCACCAAUGACGAAGCAGGCUCAGUCCUCUCCAACCCGAGUUGCGAUUGUCACGGGAGCAGCCCAAGGCAUUGGCAAGGCUAUUGCUCUCCGCCUUGCUGAUGACGGACUGGACAUCGCUGUGAACGACAUCUCAACUAAGGCCGACCAACUAGCCUCUGUCGUCCAGCAGAUUCAGCACAAAGGCCGACGCGCAAUCAUAAUUCCCGGAGACGUGUCGCAUGAGCCCGACGUUAUUAUGAUGGUGAAAAAGACCGUCAGCGAGCUGGGAGGGCUCGAUGUGAUGGUUGCGAAUGCUGGCGUGACAAUGUUCAAACCGAUGUUCGAUACCACGGUUGAGGACUUCGAACGCAUAAUGGCUGUCAACGUCCAAGGCGUGAUGCUUUGCUUCAAACACGCAGCCCAGGAGAUGGCUAAGCAGGGUCGUGGUGGACGAUUGAUCGGUGCCUGCUCCGGUUCUGGAAAGAAAGGAAUUCAGAAUAUGGCAGUCUACAGUGCGUCCAAAUUUGCUGUGCGGGGCCUCACCCAAAGCUGUGCGGCGGAGUGGGCAAAGUACAAAAUCACCGUGAACAACUAUGCUCCAGGUGGAAUACUCACGCCGAUGAUCCUUCAUCCAGACGAUGACAUCAACGGUGGACCUGCGUCUACAGCUAAGAAGAUGGCAGGUCUCCCUUUGGAUAUACCUGACGCGGAACCUGAAAUUGUCGCGGGGCUGGUGUCCUACCUGGUCAAACCGGAGGCAUAUCAUAUCACAGGGCAAUCCAUCAACAUAGAUGGUGGGAUGUUCUAUGAUUAGUAUCGGACAUGUAUAUUUAAUCAUUGAACUGUGACACGCAUGGGAUGACGUA